CUUGACAUUCCUCAUCGUGUCACGGCUCGGCCAGCCUCGGAACUCAAAGCUGUGCUGCCAGCACGUCACGAGGACAUCAACCAAAAGGGAAUCGCUUGCCUCAGCUGUCCCUUUGGGGAGACCGAGUUGUUGCAGGGAUAUAACGGCAGCCAACAACAACCGUCUCGAUGGGCGUCGAGGGACCAAUGGCACGUCCCGACCCACGUUGACCCCCUGCAAUGUUUAGUUAUGUUCUGUCAAGAGCUUCUUUGGGGAAUGGGGGUGGAUGGGGGUGGCUGCGAAUAUAAGUAAUUCAUCACACGACAGUCGUAGGGAGUAAACUGCUGUAGGGCUGGUGCUGGCAAGACAACUACUGCUUGGACAUCUACAACUUUGUCAUAGCCAUGCCGGCCCGUGUCGAGCCCGAGAGCCCCAGCAAUCUGUCCCCCGAAGAGAACAUGAACGGCCAGGAGCUUGCCUUCCCAUCCCAGCACAGCCGGUCAAACAGCGUCCAGUCGACUGCUACCCUGGACCACGACUCUAUCAACGCGGGCAGGGAGCCAACCAGGUUCCCCGACCUUGUCCUGCGGGAUAUGGAGUUCUUCCUGGCGAGGCUGACGAGAACCACGUCCAACGAGUCCACCGGGUCGACAUGAACGACACAAUGAAAGCGAUGAAUACUGGUUGUACGAGGUGAAGAGGUCGCAAGGGUUGAUGACAUUUCAUACUAUUUUCUUCUGUGGAAGGGUCACGUUCCUGAGAUUGUAUAAGUUGGUUGGGCUAUGCCAUGACUGAUGACCUGUUAUUCUGUCUUCCUUCCAAGUUUUGUACAAGUAUGGGCCAUUCUUCGAAACUGUUUUCUCUUUGAUACCAAUAUAAGCUGUUAAACCACAUCAUAGACUCUCCUCACUGUCCUGAAGCAACUCGGGGCCCCAACAACCCAACAUACCCAACCCAAGUGAAUGCCCAGGCCGCCAGGAGAGCCCAAUGCCGUCCAUGCCCAGGCAGACACCUCUUUCAACCAUCCACACCCACUCCUUCAAACCCCAGACCUCAAACC